AGUCGGGAAGUAUAAUUCGUGGCCGUCGUCUUGCUUUAAAUUCAGUGAAAAUAUUACAAAACUAUUAAAAUUAUUAUUUAAUAGAAAAAGCAAACAAUAUACAUAAGUGCUAAUAACAACAACUAUUCAAUGGAAAAAAGCAGAUUCUGAAAUAUUGUAAGAAUGAAAUUCUUUAAAGUGAUAAUACUGCAAAAGCAAUUAUUAAUGGUUAACAAUGUGUUCUUUAUAUAUUGUGAAAAUGUAUAUACGAAAGGAACUUAAAUAAAUAUAAAUUUUAUUAUUAAAAGCAAAAUAGAAAGAAAAGAAGAGGAAUAAAAUAAAAAAAAUAAAUACAUGGUAAACACUAUUGUUCAGUCAGUAUUCAACUCAUCUUAUUAACCCAUAAAUACUACGAAUGCAGUAAUAGUGUAUAUAGAAAAAAUAAUUCUUUGUGGUGCAUUAUUAUUAGCUGUCAUUACAUACGAAUAUGAUUACCAAAGCAAACUUUCAAAAAGUCAAGUAAAAUAAAUAUUGCAUUUGUAUGAGUUAGUGAAUGAGUACAAGUAUGUACGUGUGUGAGCUGUUUAUUUGACACGACACCAGAUCAGCAGGGGGAAUCGGAAAAUUAUGAACAAAAUGAAAACGCGUGUUGUUUAAUAUCCAAGAAAAACAAAAACUAUUGAAAAUACUAAGAAAAUUACCAAAAAUAAUUAAACUAUUGUAUAAAAAGAAGAAAAGUGUAAAUUGUUAAACAAUUUCAGCCUAAAAUAUAAAAUACUCUUGUGACAUAUGUAUGCGGGUUUCACCUUGUAGUCAGUCAGUUCAUUUUGUAUACAUACCAACAUACCUACAUUCAUAUAUGGCUUUAUGUGUAUAUAAAUAAGAUAAAAAUUUCAUUGUAAAUGUAUUCUUGUGUUGGUGAACUAAACACACAAAAAUAAAUAUUUUUUACUGAUCCUAAUAUACAUAUGUGAAAAAAGAUUCGUUCUCAAGAACUUAGCCACCAAAUAUAUCGAAUAAUUUUCAACUCUAAAAACGUAGAAAAUUACGUUGCAAUUGUUUUCUUUUCAUUAUAAAUUAUAAUUUUGACUUACCUUGUACUUAGAGGGUAAUCGAGCGGGAGAGAGAGAGAAGAAAAGUUGUUGCUUCACCAGGUGUCUAUUUAGAUUUACCAUGAAUCGGUAUCACAACAAAAAUAAAAAUUCCCAACCAGCUUCAGCCAGUGUAAGUAAUGCUGGGGCAUAUGGUAAAAUGUCAACACGCCGCCAAUUGGAACACGAAAGUGGCUAUUAUGAAGACAUAACAGACGAUUGUUAUGGCUAUAAUUCGAAUGUGAACAGUAGCGUUGGUGCAGGAAAACGCCAAAGACAAUUGUCCAAUGAAGCUGUGUAUGGCGUUGAUAAAAAGUAUAAAUCUCAAGUGACGCAUCCAGUAAUGUCUGGAAAUAAGAAGAAAAACACAUCCUCGACUUCUGCGUCAUUUGGCGUUGGUGGUAAUAUGACUAAAAAGAGUCGCAACCUUCCUGAAAAUACCCGUGCUAACAAUGUUGCCAGCAAUGGCAGUGUUAACAAGGCGGCGACGACAUAUCACACACAGAAUCUUUGCUCGAAAAAAACUAAUCCUAUUAAAAGCAACAAUAACAAUAACAACAACAAUAAUACCAACAGCAGCAUAAACAAAGAAGUAAAACUGAAGAAUGUUUCUAGUAUGAACACAAAAAUAUGCCUAAGUGCUACAAAUUACAAUGACUACUCCAAUAAUAAUAACAACAACAAUUACGGAAUACAAAAUGAAAAGAGUUACCAUACAAACGAUUUAUUAAAGAAUAUGACAACAAUUGAUUUGAAUGAGGUCGUUGAAGUUCCUGACAGUGAUAGUGAAGAGGAAGAUCAAGCAGCAACAUCUAUGGUUUGCAAAACAAAAUCAAAACUGAAAAACGGCAGUGCCAGUAGCUCCAUCAAAUGUGUGCCAACAUAUGUGGUUAGCGGUAGCAGCAGCAAUAGUAAUCAUUCUAUACAAAAUUUCCAUGAACAGCAGGCAACCAGCUCGAAGAUACAAACAUUUAACAAUAACAACAACAACAACCACACUAGCAGCAGCAAUAAAGAACAAAAACAAAAGGAAACUACCAACAACGGCGGUGAUAAUGAGUCAAAUAGUAAUCCUAAUGCCGAUCUCGAACGUUUACAACGUGAAAUAGAAGAGAUCACUCAGGUCCAUACAAAUUGCACUGUUGGUGAUGACGAAAAAGUCAACUUAUCGCAUUUCGAACUAAUUCGUGUUCUAGGCACCGGAGCUUAUGGCAAAGUGUUUCUUGUACGAAAGAAUGGAGGAGAUGAUCAUGAACAAUUAUAUGCAAUGAAAGUUUUGAAAAAAGACACCGUAGUUCAAAAGAAAAAGACUGCCGAGCAUACAACAACAGAAAGACAAGUACUGGAGGCUAUUCAGCAAAGUCCAUUUCUUGUUGGAUUACAUUACGCAUUUCAAACAGAGUCAAAACUUUAUUUAGUUUUAGAUUACGUUAGUGGCGGAGAACUGUUUACACAUUUGUACAAAGCCGAGCAUUUUUCUGAAUCGACUGUUCGUGUGUACAUAGCUGAAGUCGUGUUGGCCCUUGAGCAUCUACAUAAACUUGGCAUAAUUUAUAGAGAUAUAAAAUUGGAGAAUAUUCUACUCGACGGACAGGGUCACAUUGUUCUAGCCGACUUUGGUUUGUCGAAAAUUUUUUCACCCGACUCCGAUCAUCGUGCACAUAGUUUUUGUGGUACCCUGGAGUAUAUGGCACCUGAAAUUAUAAGAGCUGGACCGAAUGGCCAUGAUUUGGCAGUCGACUGGUGGUCGGUGGGAGUGCUGACAUAUGAACUGUUGACGGGUGCUUCGCCGUUUACCGUUGUCGAGCAGCAGAAUUCUCAAAGCGAUAUUUCGCGACGUAUACAAAAAGUAGAUCCCGUGCUGCCACCCACAUUGGGCGAAAACGUCAAAGAUUUUAUAUUGAAAAUGUUGCAUAAAGAUCCCAAAAAACGUUUAGGCGGCAACUGUCGCAACGCCGCUGAGAUAAAAAAUCAUCCGUUUUUCCGCGGCAUUAAUUGGAAUGAAUUGAAAAGUAAACGCCGAAAAGCUCCAUUUAAGCCGACUUUGGAUUGUGAAGACGAUACUCAAAACUUUAGUGAAGAAUUCACUAAACAGCCAGUUAUAAAUUCGCCGGCUCCAGUGCCUGCAAAUACUCAUAGACUGUUUCGUGGCUAUUCGUAUGUGGCCCCACAACAUCGCAAAAAGCUAUUGGAGAGAGAAAGAAUUCCCGAAUUAUAUGAGGAAUAUUGUAGUGAACCCAUUUAUACACCAACUCCUGCUCCUGAUAACAUACAACUGAAAGAGUUAAGAGGUAAUGGUGCUUUUGCAAACUGUUAUAUAGGAGUUGAUGAUAUGGACGAUAGAAUGUUUGCUAUCAAAGUUAUACCCGAAACCAAUUAUCGUCCGGCCGAAGUGGACGCACUAAUUGCAUGUGCUCGGGAUGAACACAAAUCAAUUGCACAAUUUCUGGCAGUAUAUCGUAAAGAUUCAGACUUCUGGAUUGUUCAGGAAUUUGUAGAGGGCUGUGAACUUUCUGACCAUAUAACACAAUCCGAAAGUGGGCUUGAUGAACUACUGUGCAGCGACAUAUUUAAUCAAUUGGUGCAGGCCGUACACCAUAUUCAUGAGAAGAAAUUCAUACAUGGAGAUGUUAAACCAGAAAACAUUAUACUAAUCGUAGACGAUAUGAUGCAACACGUCAAAUUGGUAGAUUUUGGAGCGGCUUGUUAUCACGGCAAUGUGAAGAGCUGGCACGAUAAGCCUCGCUUUACCAUCGACUAUGCUCCCCCGGAAAUGCUGCAAAACACAGAGUAUGCUACAUAUUCGGAGGCUUUGGACAUUUGGUGUUUAGGAGCUACAUUGUUUACAAUGUACAUGGGACACUCACCCUUUCGGCAGGGCCGAGAGGAUCGUGUAGUAAGCUACGAAAUGUUAAAGCAACGUAUUCUAAACGAGAAUAUGUACACGGAUUCAGUGCGUUGGCAAGAUGCAUCGGAUGAAUUGAAAAAUCUGUUACAAGGUUGUAUGGAAAAGGAUGUUAAGAAACGGUUUACUCUCAAUCAAAUUCUACAACAUCCUUGGUUCGAUGUAACCUUAAAGCAAAAGGCGAUGCUGGCAGUAGCAAAUGAAAGCUACGAAUGUCAUCUUUAUAGUACCGACAUUCGUACACCAAGCACGGAUUUCGCACAAUCCAACAUUAAAGAGGAGGAUUGCGUGGUUGACACAUGUUCUAGAACUGAUGAGGAACAUGUUCUUGAAGAUCUCGAAGUGGUUGACUUAAGACAACAGAGUUUACAAUCAGAAGGUGAUGUUACAAGUGGUUUAGGCCAAAGCAAAUCCUCUGAUGAAAACAGUUUAACCGCAAUGGAAACCGAUGAAGUUUCAUUGACAGAGAACACCAUACAAGAAGAAAUAAUUGAGAUACCCAUCACUGCUCAACAAAAUUCCCCCCAUGAACGACUAUCUGAUUUGGUUGGAUUUGAGGGCUUUGAUGAAAAUAUGCCACCCAUAGCCAGCUGGCUACUAGACAUUAGCAAAUUCAUUAUUUUCGACAAAGUCAGGCAAAUAUCCGGCCGAACAAGUGUGGCACGUGGCAAACAAACUAAACAAAAUGUUAGUGUGCAAUCGCAACCCACUCGGCGGUCAUUGCGCAACGAUACCAGUCUUAGCAAGAUCACUAAACCUUUAUUAGCCAAUAACAAAACUAGAACAUCCCCAAGAUCUAAACAACAUACAUUAUCAGCAACUCAACGCGAAACCCAAAGUGCAAUUAUCAAAAAGGAGUGUGUGCCCGAGGUAUGGACGCCUGAAGAAUUUAAUGGCUUUGAUGAAAAGGAACGCAAAAGGCUGUCAGUGAAAACCAAAAGCAGUUGGCGUAUGUUCUGUACGAUACUGCACAGCACCCAGAUGUCUUUAAAAUUCUUUAACUUUGCUCGAAGGGUCUAUAAUCGAUCAUUGGAAGAUAAUGAGGAAAUAAAGUCUAACAAAACUACGACGCGGCGAAAGCAGCAUGUAACAACGCCGCCCAUGACCGAAGCAUCAACCAACAAGGAGGUUCCAUUAGCGUGUCGUAAACAACCCAGUCGUUUGGCUCGUGCUCAACGGGCCCGCUAUGUUUUUGAAUGAUUGCUGUAUAAUAUAUAUUUCAUAAAGUAUCCUGACAGUCCUAAUUACAUUUGGCUGUUUAUAGUUUCAAUUUAAUCAAUCCCAAUCCCAUUUUUCUUACAACUGACGGUUCUCUGCUGAAUGUAACUUUAUUUAGAUUUUAACUUACUAAUGGUUUGUUUCCAUAAUUGUUAAUGAAAUUGUUAUUAUUAUUUAAUUUUUUUUUUGUUUGGCAACUAGUAGACAUGAUCAAGUUCUUGUCCAAGCGCAUUAAAAACAAUUAUUUAUACCUUAAAAAACACAUACAAUAUAUUAUUACAGUUAAUGCCUAGACAAAGAAAGAUUAAAUGUGUCCAGUGAUUGUGAAUUGGAGUUUAAUCAAUACAUAUUAAUAUUUUUUCUAUUUGUGAAAUAUAUGUACAAAUAUUGAAACAAAUUUCAACUUUUUUCCGAUCUAGAUGACGAUGAAUGUUAUUUUUUACAAAACUACCUUUUUAAAAAUGGUAAUUUUUUGAAUGCGACUUUUUGUUCUUGUCUUAAAUAUGUUGGCUUUUAGCACUUUCAUAAUCAUGGGCACAAAUAUUGUUUAUAAAUAUAAAAAAAUACGUUUUUUAAACAAGAAAUAUUUCUUUUUUUAUUCAGGUUACAUUACAGACUCAUCUUUUGAUUUGGUUAUUUUUUUUUUAACGAGAUUUGGAUAGAGUUUAUGUUUUGUUAUUUCCUUAUUAGAUUCAAAUACAAUUGCGCAUAUCUAUUGUAAUAUUAACUAUUUUUAAUUUAUAUUUUGAAUACCUUUCAAUUUUACAUGAUAUGUGUAUGUAAUAAUUUAAAAUCAUCAUGUAUGAAGCUUCGAAAUAUCCAACAGAUUUCUAUUUAUUUCCUAUAAAAAGCUGUUCCUUGUUGUCACUGGUAAUGAUGAUGAUGAUGAUAAAAUGUAUCAUUUAACUUGAACUUGAUAUUUAGUUAGCAAAAUUUCUUUAGAACAAAAUUGUAAUUAUUAAUCGAACCUUUAUAUUUUAAAUUAUAGAAAUAUACUUCAAAAAAGGAUUCGGGAACUUUGUAUUAACAAUAAGUUAUUCAUUCAUCCCAUCCAGCGUUGAUUUACAAUAAUUAUAACAUAUUUAAUGCCUCAAUACACCAAAAAAAAAAAAAAGGAAUGAAAAGAAAAUAUUACCUAUAACAACCUGCAUAAUUAUUUUUGACAAUUUUUUUUUUGUUUGAUUAUUAUUUCUUUAGUAUUAGUUUAGCUUUUAAGUAUUUUACAAAUUUGAAUUUUGUUUCGUAAUUUUCUACGAACAAUGCAUUUUUAUUAAAACACACUUUAUCUCUGGCAUCGUUGAUAAUUCUAUCACACUUUAAAAGAAAAAAUUUAAUAAAAAUAUUAAAAAUAAUAUAAAAAAUGUUGUACUGUGUAUGCCAAGCAUUAAAAAAAUGUUUUUUUUGUAAUUUUAUUUUUUUUCUAAAAUAAGUUUGUAUUGCUAUUGCUUCUCAGUCACAAGUUUCAAACAUUAAAAUGAUGGCUGUAUAUAGUAUAAACCGGUUAAAACAUGGAAUUAGAGACAUUUUUUGAAUUUAAAAUAUUUAAAACCAAAAAACAUGAAAAUCGUAAUCGUCAUUAGAAAAGAAAACAAACGUUUUUUAUUUGUAUAAUUUAAAUCGCCAGGGUUUCAAGAAAACUUAGAUUCUUUAAUUGCACAGUACUUUAAUUUUGAAUUGAAAGUAGUCCACGGUGGACAAAAAUUAAAGAAAAUUUAAUUUUAAUUUAUUUAAGCACAAACUUACAUAACAAACAUAUCGAAAGACCCCGAUUAAGAUUUUUUAAAAAGCCAUACCAGUGGAUGGAUAUUUGUAUAAAAUCACAUACUUAUACUUGAAAUAUAUAUAAUACAGAUCAGAUGCCUUUGAAAAAGAUGCCUUAACUCCCAAGACAAAUGCAAAAAGAAAACAAAAAUAUAACAAAAAAAAAAAAAACAAAAACACAAGAUACACUACAAUUCUAAUGACACUUGUAAUUAAAUGAAAUCAAAAUUAACAAGAAAAACAACAUCAGCAUACAUACAUACAUAUUUACAAAUAAAUAUUAAUAUAAAUAAACCAAAUUUUAAGAAAUAUUGAAUUUAAGAACCAAUAAAAGAGAAUAAGAGAACAUGUAGCUAAUUUAAGAAACACAAUAAAAAAAAUCACUUAAAAUAUCUUAAAAUAAUACAAUAUAUUAUUCAUUCAUGCAUACAAACAAACAAACAUAUUUGUAAGUAGGGGCUUGCAUAGUCGGAACGUAAGCAGUAGUAUAAAGAUAAAACAAAUCAUACAUACAUAUAUCAAACUUUUUAAUUAAAAUGUUUUCAUGUUUCGUUCCUUCUCCUGUAAACUAAUUAAAGAAACACAAGUCUUUUUAUUUUAUAUUAAUAUAGAGUGUAUGCCGAGCUAUACAAUUAGCUCUGAACAAGAUUUGUAAUAUAAAAGCAAUCGAUAUAUAACAUUUUUUCUUAUUUUUUUUUGGGUUUUCGUAAAACUGUUAUAGCAAAUCUUAAACUAAUUAGUUAAUACAUUUGUUAGGAUAUUGAACUGAGCUAUUCUCAACUUGUAAUGCAAAAAAAAAAAAAAAACAAUUUAAACAUAACUUAGUUUUUAUUACUUAAGGACUAGUAAUAGACAAUUUAACAUACAUACAUAUUUCCCUGUAAGAACAAUUAAACAUGUAUUUUGUUAUAAAUAAAAAAAAAAAUAAAUAUAUAUUAAACCUAAA